ACCGAGCUCAGCCACAAAAAAAGAAGUAAACGCGGAAACAAUAGAGACCCAGUUUGCUCUUUAAAUACUAAACAUCUGCUGCCAAGUAAUCUUGGUUGCUCGUUGUCCGUUUGCCACCACAAUCUCCUGUAAGCUACACUUUAAACUUGUCAUGGCUUUGAAAAGAAUAAAGAAGGAAUUGUGUGACUUGAAGCGGGACCCUCCUGCUUCGUGUUCGGCGGGACCGGUCGGAGAUGACAUGUUCCAUUGGCAAGCCAGCAUCACAGGACCGAAUGACAGCCCGUACAAUGGAGGGGUUUUCUUCCUUUCUGUGCAUUUCCCCACCGACUAUCCCUUCAAACCCCCCAAGGUGGCUUUUACCACCAAAAUCUAUCAUCCAAAUAUAAACAGCAACGGUAGCAUCUGCCUGGACAUACUGAGGUCGCAGUGGUCGCCUGCCCUUACCGUAUCAAAAGUCUUGUUAUCCAUCUGCUCUUUGCUGUGCGAUCCCAACCCCGACGACCCUUUAGUCCCCGACAUAGCGCACACGUACAAAUCGGACCGACAAAAGUACAACGACAUGGCCAAAGAAUGGACGAGGAAGUUUGCGAUGUGAAGGCAAGGCAAGUUUCAGCAUCAACAUUCCAAAUGACAGAUCAAGUUUAAAGAAGAAAAAAAAAAAGCCAGUACACCCCCCCCCCCCAGCCCACCCCACCCGCACGCCGCCACACUAUUUUCAGUUUACGCUGGGAGCACUUUUGACUUCUCAAACUGGACACCAUGACCCGAUUGUCUCCACCGUUCCGUUUCUUCUACUUGAAUUCAAUUGGAAUUAUUAUUGUUUUAUGAUGAUAUGAGCAAUGGUGACGAUACCUCACAUUAUUUUACUUUGAAGAGAUUUAUAUGGAAUAAAACUAUGCUCAUUUUACUUGAGACACCACA